UGUUUUUUCUGAUAUAUCUAUCAUCUACUUGUGAAUGUGAAAUAUAGACAUAAUUCAUAAGUCAUAACAAGAGUUUGUUGCUGCUGUUUUCGAAGGACCUUCUUUUUUGGAAAGAUAUUGAUAAUGGGUAGAAAAAAAAACGAGGACUGCCGGAAACACGUUACAGAAGUAGAAAAUAAGAAUACAUGGAUAUGCAAUUAUUGUAGUAUUGAGUAUAGUGGAGGAGCUUCUAGAAUUGAAGCACACCUGGGUUUGAAUGGCAAAGGAGGAAACAUUAGGCGAUGCUCCCAUUAUCAUGAAGGAAUUCACAACAAUAUGGCAUCAACUUCAAGUAAUCCACCAGAAGCUGUGAUUAAUAGACUUUAUUCAACACAAUAUCAAGUGGCUGAAGGUGUUCCACAAGUGAUUGGCACUCAUACCAGAAGCUCGGUUAACCAUCCAAAUAAUGCUGAAAUCAUGAAUUUAUUUCAAGGUGUGAACGUUAGCGGUGGUAACAGAAAUGUUUAUGAAAGUGAGAAUAAUCAAUUAAACCAAUUGGUUGUUGAUUUAGAAUGUGAGGAGUCUCGGGGCAAAAAACGCAAACCAGAAUUUAAUGUGUCGUUGGAAGAAUUACUUGCUGAUGAAAAUAAGCCUCUCACUUUGCCGACUGAAUUUGUCGGGUCGAAAUUAAAUGAAAAUAUCCAUGAAGUGUUGAAACUCCUUGCUGAUGAUAAAGUCUUUGUCAUUAGCAUAUAUGGAAUGGGAGGAGUGGGAAAAACAUUACUUGCAACUCUAGUGGAGAAUGAAGUAAAUAGGAAAUCAACUUUUAAGGAUGUGUUUUGGGUCACCGUUUCUCACAAUUAUAGCAUCUCAAAAUUGCAAUAUGAUAUUGCAAAAAGAAUAGGUGUGAAACUUGAUGAAGAUGAUGAAAAAAUUAGGGCAGAAAUUUUGUCCUUGGCAUGGGAGAAAAAGAGAACAUCAAUUCUUAUUUUGGAUGAUGUUUGGAAAUAUAUUGAUUUGCAUAAGGUGGGAAUUCAUCCAAAAGUGAAUGGCAUUAAAAUGAUUUUGACAACUCGGUUGAAACAUGUAUGUCACCAGAUGGAUUGCCACCCAAAAGCUAUAAUACAAAUGUUGCCUCUCAGAUGCAACAAAGGAUAUGGAUCUGAAGAUUGGAAGUUGUUUAUGCUAAAACUCGGACAUGAUGGAACACCUAAGAUACUUCCAAAUGAAAUAGAAAAGAUUGCGAGAUGUAUUAUAGAGAGAUUUAAGGGUUUACCGCUUGCAAUCAAUGUGAUGGCUAGAACCAUGAAAGGGGUUGAUGACUUUCAUCAAUGGAAACAUGCACUAAAUAAACUUAGAAAAUUGGAAAUGGGGCAAGAGGUGGAAGAAGAAAUCUUCAAAGUAUUAAAACGUAGUUUUGAUAAUUUGAUGGAAAAGAACCUGCAAAACUGUUUUUUGUAUUGUGCAUUAUUAUCAACUGAUACUUUAAUUGAAAAAGAUGAGUUGAUCAUGAAGUUAGUUGACAAUGGGCAAAUAAAUGGGAGUAUGUGUUUGGAAGAAAUAUUUGUUGAAGGGAAUACCAUAUUGAAUAAGCUUGAAUCCCAUUCUUUGAUUAGUUUAUCUAAUAAUAUAGUAGCCACACAUCAAAUGGUGAGAAAUAUGGCCUGUUAUAUAUUGAAACAGAGUAAGAGGGAUGCUAUAGUGAAGUUCAAAGAGUGUGUGACCGAGAUACCUCUUUCACAUGAAUGGGCAGCUAAUUUAGAGUUAGUUCAUAUGUGGGGUUGUGAUAUAGGACCAAUCCCAGAGGGCAUGUCACCUAAUUGUCCAAACUUGUCCACCUUGAUUAUAAAUAGAGUGUCCAUUAGUCAUGUUCCUGAGAGUUUUUUCAAAUAUAUGAAUAGUUUAUCAAUACUAGAUAUAUCCUAUAAUAAAAGGCUAGAAUCAUUGCCAAACUCUGUGAGUGAAUUGAGGUCUCUUAUUACUUUAGUGCUCAAAAGUUGUUAUUCAUUGAAACAUGUUCCACCAUUGGGAGAACUACAAGCAUUGUCAAGAUUGGUCAUUUCAAAAACUUCCAUUGAGGAAGCACCACAAGGAUUGGAAAAACUAAUCAAUUUGAAAUGGCUUGAUCUAUCUAGCAACAAGUGUUUAAAUAUGGAUACAAGGUCUUUUUUAUCCAAUUUGACUAAAAUACAAUACCUCAAUCUCCAAAAUACCAAUGCUUUGAUUAAAGUUGAAGAUAUUCAAAGGAUGAAUAUGUUAGAAUGUUUAGGAGGCGGCUUUGACUGCAAAGAUCACAACCAAUACAUGCAAAAAAAUCUUGACAUGAGUUUUGGGCCCAAAAGCUAUAUUCUCACAUUUGCAAGUGUUUGGGGGGAAGAUGGUGUUAGUUUGAUAAGAUUUGAUUCUGAUGAUCCUGAAACUAAGACUAUGAAAUUUGGAAAUUGUGAUCAUUCCUCCCACAUACUUCCUAAAGACCUUACAUAUCUCUGUAUAGAGAAAAAUAGUCAUUGGGUUUGCUUAUGUGAUGCUCUGUUAUGCAACACUGAUUUUUCUUCUUUGAGGAAAAUUAAAACUUAUUAUUGCCAACGACUGAAGAGCUUGUUUUGUUUAUCAGGUUCUUGUUCCUUUUGCACCAAGAUUCACAACCUUGAAGUUUUGGAACUUUCAUAUUUGAAAAGUUUAACAGUUGUCUGUAAAGAUGUUGUUAAUGUUAGACUAUCUUUGACGCUAGCUGGUGGCAUAUUCUCUAAUCUAAAAGACUUUAAUAUUUUUUGUUGCCAUUUGAUAGAGAAGUUGUUUACACCACAAUUAGUUCAACAAUUUCAAAAUUUGGAGAUCAUAUCCGUAACUCUUUGUGCUUCAAUGAAAGAGAUAUUUGCAGUGAGCAACAGUGAUGACAAUGACCAAUCCAUCAUUACACUUCCUAAGUUGACCAAAUUAUCCUUGAGCAGUUUACGACAACUGAAGAGCGUGUGCAAAGGGAGUAUAUCAUGUGGAUCUUCACCAAAAGUGGACAUCUUUAACUGUCCAAAUUUAGAAAGGUAUCCAACAAUCAUUCAGAGAUGUUGAGAUUCCUGAUUUUUGGUCUGUGUUUUUAAUUAAUGACUGAUCACAUUUUGACGUUAAACUUUGUACAAAAUAUUAGAUUACUUUUUUUGUUUUUAAUAAAUUAUUACUUGUCAACGGU